ACGUUCGGGAGUGCCCGCGGCAGAAGGCCGCGGGGGCGGGACCCGGGGGUGUGUGCGUCCCCGCCGGCGGAGACGGGCGCGCUCUACGUGCGGGCUGCCCACCACCUCACUCCGCGUCGCCGUCACUGGGGCCUCCGAGGAUACCUUGGGAGCUCCGUGCCCACUGCUCCUGAAAACGGCCAAACACUAAGCCGUCAUUUACUAACUAUGUUCAAAUUAGCUUGUCAGACGGCUCCUCUCUGACGGGCGCUGAGAGCAAGACCGUUAAACCACGCAGCGACAGGAGUGACUAUCAAGCGUGGCAUAGAAAACAGCACGAGAAAGGUCACCGAAGAGCAUCGGGCAGGUCUCAAGGGCAGAGUAGUUCAUAUGGCAGCAGCACACUACGUGCUGAGGAGAGUAGGAUAAGAUUGCAAAGAUAGAGUGGUACUUGAUAGUGGAGGUCUUUAAAUAUUGUCAGGGAGUUGGGGAGGGGAAAACAUUUGGGAAUAUAGGGAGCUGCUCUGAGAACUCAGACUUGGAGGUGUUUUAGCCAGAAGACAGUAGAGAGCUGUGUGGAAGAUAAGCAGGUGAAUCUGAUUAAUGAACCACUGGUGAUAUUUGUUUGUGCAACUACAGGCCAAGGAGACCCCCCUGACAACAUGAAGACAUCUUCAAGUAGAGAUUAGAGGAUCAUUUCAGGCAUGUUAUAAGGUGGAGUUCUUUCAUGUUCAGAACUUCUGGAAGUUUAUAUUCCGAAAAAACCUGCCUCCUACUUCCCUCUGUCAGAUGGAUUAUGCUGUGCUGGGUCUCGGCGAUUCCUCCUAUGCCAAGUUUAAUUUUGUGGCCAAGAAACUACACCGGCGCCUGCUGCAGCUUGGGGGUAAUGCACUCUUGCCCAUUGGUCUGGGCGAUGACCAGCAUGACCUGGGGCCUGAUGCAGUUAUUGGUCCCUGGCUUCUAGACUUGUGGAGAAAAGUUUUGGGGUUGUAUCCUGUGCCUUCUGACCUUAGUGUAAUACCUGCUGAUACACCUUUGCCUUCAAGGUUCAUUUUAAACUUUUGUGAUGGAGUCCCAGGAAUUUCCUGUGAAGAGCAACAUGCAGAGAAUCAAAGGCCUGAAGAACUCCCCUCUGACCACAAGCCCUUCCUGGCUCCUAUGGUCUCUAAUCAAAGAGUGACUGCCAAAUCACACUUCCAGGAUGUUCGGUUAAUUGAAUUCGACAUCACAGGCUCUGGAAUCAGCUUUACCGCUGGUGACAUUGUGAUGAUCCAGCCUCAGAACUCAGCCAGUGAUACCAAGCAAUUCUGUCACCUGCUCAAUCUGGAUCCAGACCAGCAUUUUGUGCUGCAGCCUCGGGAGCCAGAUGUCAUCUGCCCAACUCAGCUGCCUCAGCCCUGCACCAUCCAUCACCUUGUGUCCCACUACCUGGACAUCACCCGUGUUCCUCAUCGCUCUUUUUUUGAGAUCCUGGCCUGUCUCUCUCAGCACCAGAUGGAACGUGAGAAGCUGUUUGAGUUCAGUUCUGCACAAGGCCAGGAAGAACUAUACAACUACUGUAACAGACCUCGAAGGACCAUCUUGGAGGUCCUGGGUGAUUUCCCUCACUCAGCAGCUUCCAUCCCACCAGACUACUUGCUGGACCUCAUCCCCCCAAUCCGUCCCAGGGCCUACUCCAUUGCUUCUUCAUUGCUGGUGAGAGAUAAUGUCCAUCUCCAGAGUUCUGAAAGAAAGGAAGAGGCUCAUCCUUUUAGGGUGCAGAUCAUCGUGGCUGUGGUGCAAUACCAGACUCGCCUCCGUAAACCCCGUCAGGGCCUUUGUACCUCCUGGUUGGCCUCCCUGGAUCCAAGCAGAGAACCAGUAAGAGUUCCCCUUUGGGUUCGAAACAGUGGGCUGACCUUCCCUUCAGAGCCUAAUACUCCUGUGAUCAUGGUGGGUCCUGGCACUGGGGUUGCCCCCUUCCGUGCUGCUAUCCAGCAACGUGUGGCACAGGGCCAGAAAGGAAACUAUCUGUUCUUUGGCUGUCGGCAGAAAGAUAAAGACUUUUACUGUGAGGCAGAGUGGCAAGAACUCAUUCAGAGAGGUUUCUUGACCCUCAUCACUGCUUUCUCCAGGGAUCAAGAGGAGAAGAUUUAUGUCCAGCACCGUCUCCAGGAGCAUGGAGCACUGGUGUGGGAGUUGCUGAACCAACAUGGAGCCUACUUUUACCUAGCUGGCAACGCCAAGUCCAUGCCAGCCUCUGUGUCAGAGGCAUUGACUUCAUUGUUCAAAUCAGAGGGUGGACUCUCAGACCCCGAUGCUGCUGCCUACCUCACCAUGCUGGAACGAACCAUGCGCUUCCAAGCUGAGACCUGGGCUUGAAGGUCUUCACAACUCUCCUUCCCCUCCAGGGGCUCAGACCUAAGGCUAACCAUCGGUCCUCCACUUCUUGGUCUAAAACACAUUCUCCAGGCCCUCUCUAGCCAUUCUUGUCUUCCCCACCUUGGGACUAGACCUCACCAUCUUCACCCUGUUCUGAAACCUGGAUGUUUUCCCUUUUCCACCAGGGAAGCUGAUGAUCUCCAUUUGCUGUGAGAAGAGACUGGGUGGAGCAGGGCCAGAGUAUUUGAUUUUGUGAUUAACUGGGGAAGUGGGAUUGAGGCACAAUUGACAAAGCAAUAAUAAUAUGGCAAAUUGAUCCCUUGCUUAGAGAAGAUGUGUAUAUAUACAUACAAACACACAUCUCAGCCAUUAUAGUGAGGGCCUGAAAGGAAAAGGGUUGAGACUGAUCCAGAAGACAGGGCAUUAAUGGUUCUGAGCUCUGACCCAAGAGUUUGCUAGACAAGGAUCUCACACCGUGGAGAUCCUAUUUUAGCUACAAAAGAAAACUUUUUCCUUCACACUUUCUCUGAAGUUCCAGGAUUAAGAACACCUGGCCAGAGUUCCCCUCUCCCUCUUUCUACUGCGAAAAGGAGAGGAAAUAGCCUAGGGUGAAUACAUAACAAAAGAAUGACUUCAAUGGAAAAAUUAGGGAAGUCUUCCUGGAGGAAGUUCUGAAAGAUCAUCUGUUGAUGGAAAGAAUAGGGUUGACUUGGGGAAGGAGGGAGGGCGGUAAGAGGAGAGUGGAGGAAGAUUGUGGGUGUAAGAACUGGAACAACCUGAGCUCUUAAAACAAUCACAUGUCUCUAGGGCUCCCCCAAGGCUUACCCUGAGGGAACCUGGGCUGGAGACUCGGAGUUGCCUCCUUCUCACCCCAUCUCGAUGCCUUAAACCCUAUAUAGGUGUGUACCCAUAAGGUCCAGUCAUCUUAAAUAGAGGGCACUUUUGCCCUCAGGAAAGAGCAAUGUCCCCUGACCUGGGAAGGACCUUUUCUAUAUUCUGGUUUGACCAGCAAGUAGGGAUUCUUUGCCCUGACUCAGCAGGGAGGGGUGACUCCAGAAAGCCUCCCUUACAUCUGUAUUCCUUCUUCUAGGACACGGUUUAGGACAUUCUAGGGGCCCAGAAUGCCUACUUUCUUCAUCAGACCAUAGAGCAGCCAUGGCUUACCACCUGUAGGAAAUUUUCUCAAUUAUAUCCCUGGAUGAAUCCCUUCUUUUUACUACCAAAAUUCCCUGUCUUACCUAAGAUAUUGACAUUGUUCUUUGGCAUCAGCCCUCCCAUCACUCCUUCAAAACUUCAUUUCCUGAAGUCACUUCCCUCUCCCCAAACUAAAAAGGAGUCUUUGGAUUUGGGGGGAGGGGUUCCCAGACUUGUUUGGGGUUAUUUUGUGUGGGCAGUUACACUGGGUAAGAUGAGGCCACCUUGGUUUGGAGAGUCAGGCUGAAAAUAGAAUUGCAAUUUGUUAAAUCAUGGCAGAAUGGAAACUGACGCAUGUGUCCUUAAUCAGUGCUGGCAUUGAGAACUUGGAACUUAAAGGAUUUUUUUAAUAAGUCCUAGUCCUAAAGGUGCUAUGGGCUGAAAAGGAAGCCUCUGGAAGACUGUUUCCCCAUCAUGGCUACACCCAGGAAAUGACUGGGACGUGGAGUUGGGAAUAAAACUACCACCCCUUCCCCUGGGGUCCUUUGGAGCCAAGUGUCCAAGUCAUCUCAAAAACACUCAUUGGGUAAAGUUAAAGGGUAGUAAUGUUGAUACAAGGCAUUUACCUUUCUAUCCUCCCAGGCCUAUCUCACAAACCCUGCCAAAGCUGCCAUUUUUAAAUGACAUCAGAUGGUAAACAAUCUACAAUUUUAGAUUAAAAAGCAAGAUGUUACCUGAUAGAUAAGGCUGUUCUAUCCCUCCUAACUAAGCCUGACUCCCAGCUGGGGGAAGGAAAUAAGCCUAUUCUUAAAAAUUCCUUUUCUGAGAUAUGAAAUAGUCACAGCUUUAUCUAAAGGGUCCUAAAGCAUAGAAUGGAAAAUCCAACACAUAGGUGGAAAUGUCAAGUUGACAUUAACCAUUCAUGACCUUCAUUAAUUUCAAAUCUAAUUAUCCUCUAGUCUGUAUCAUUCCAUCUUUUUUACAAGAUUAUAUACCUUCAUUUUUUCAUCUCACACUCUAGUCUCAACCCCUUGCAAUUUGGCUUAUCCCAAUCAAUAAGCAUCUGUUCAGUGAUUAGCACUGUGCUAAGGGGGGUCAGGGGUCUGUCCUGGCUCUUAAGGAGCUUAUAACUUAAUGGGAGAAGAUAAAACAGAAAAGGAAACAAAGUUUGGGGGGAGUGGGUGAAGGUACCCAAUGAGGGGGGGGUGUUGGAGAAGUCCCAAAGAAGUACACAGGUAAGAAAUGAGGCAAGAGGUGUGUUCUUUGUCAUGAGAACAUAUACUCAUGUAAAUUUGCAAGUGUGACACAUGAAUCUAGUACCUUUUCCGUCCUGUCUUCCUGAAAAGUGUAUAAUAAACUAUGUAAUACUCAUUCUGAGGCAAGAGGUGUGUUCUUUGUCUUGAGAACAUAUGCUCACGUAAAUGCAAGCAUGACAUGUGAAUCUAGUACCUUUUCCAUCCUGUCUUCCUGAAAAGUGUAUAAUAAACUAUGUAAUACUCA